ACCGUCCGUGCGAUCGUUGCGUUUGUUUUCUUGACGACGUGCAGUUCAUUGCAUGCAAUGGGUAGAAGAAACCCUGGCGGCCCGAUGUGGUGUAACAAAACGAGCGCACUGGCAGCACGGGCCAAUCGGAGAGCGGGACGCUGCGAGUCGCGUAUUUUGAACUGUGUACAAACGGACUGGGCGCAGGAGAGAGGCGGCCGUCUGAGGCUUGACUUUUCCACAGGUGUUUUAAACGGUUUUUACCUGUAAUUGUAACGGGCUCUGGAAUUUAACGAUGAGGAAAAGCGAGGUACUCGCAGCGGAGGCUGUGUCGUGCCUGAAUAAAGCGCUGUGCCACCUGAAGGACAUUUGGGAGGAGAUCGGCAUCCCGGAGGACCAGAGACUACAGAGAACUAAUGUAGUCAAAAGUCACAUAAAGAAUUUAUUAGACAUGAUGAUUCAAGAAGAGGAAUCUCUGAAAAAGAGGCUCAUCCUUAGCCUUCAGACAUGCAAAACAGAAAUGGAGAAACUCUGCUUGGAGCUUCAGCUGCCCGUGUUCGAGGAAGAGGCUGGCAUCAGCAUGCUCCAGCAAGAGAAGAACAUCCGCACACAGGUGGAGGCCCUGAUAAAGGAGAAGGCUCGGCGGAUGCAGCAGCUGAAGGCUCUGCUGGAGCAGGACCAGGACCUGUGCGACGUCCUGUGCUCCGUGCCGUACGGCAUCGCUCCCGACUCCGUCCCCUCACUGGAAACACUGGACAACUUCCACCAGCACAUCGCCAACCAGAACGAAGAGAGGGUGAAGCGACACGCUGAGUUCACGGAGCUCAAAAAGCAGAUCAUUUUAUACAUGGAGGAGCUGGACCGUGUCCCCGAAACCAGCUUUGAGAAGGACGUGGUCUGUGAGGAUGAGGACUCUUUUUGCCUCUCUAGAGACAACAUUACAUCACUCAAACUGCUUCUUUGCCAGCUUGAGGAACACAAGGCAGAGAACGAGGCCAUGUGUGAGAGUCACAGAGAGAAGAUCCAGCAGCUGUGGGACAGACUGCAGGUUCCACAGGAGGAAAGGGAGGCUUUCAGCCAAUACAUGGUCACGUCCAAGAAGAGGAAUUUAGACGCGUUACAAACAGAAGUCCAGCGUCUCGAGGAGCUCAAACUGCAGAACAUCCGCAAUGUCAUAGAUGCCAUCCGCUCUGAGAUCGCUGUCUUCUGGGAGAAGUGCUUCCUCAGCACAGACCAGCGGCAGGCUUUCACACCAUAUUUUAGUGAGGACUUUACUGAAGAUCUGUUAAGUCUGCAUGAUGCUGAGAUCCAGCGCUUGAAGCAGCAUUAUGAGGAUCACAAAGAGCUUUUUGAAGGGGUUCAGCAGUGGGAGCAAAGCUGGAGACUCUUCCUGGAGCUGGAGAAAAAAGCAACAGAUCCAUCGAGGUUCACUAACAGAGGAGGAAAUCUUCUCAAAGAGGAGAAACAGAGAUCUGACCUGCUUAAAAGCCUGCCAAAGAUUGAAAAGAGAUUAAAAGCCCAGAUCGACACGUGGGAACAGGAGCAGGGUCGAGACUUUCAAGUAAACGGCCAGAAGUUUCUGCAGUACGUGGAGGAGCAGUGGGAGCUGCACCGAAUAGAGAAGGAGAAGGAGAAGCUGGAGAGGCACAUUAAGAAAAGCAAACAAACGGAGGAGGACAUGUUGUACGGAACCGCAGUACGAACACCAACCAAGCGCAGGUUCCUGGGCACCGCCACCCCAAAUAAAUCACGAAAGAUGGGUAAUGCGACCUCCAGCAUCUCUAGUGGCACCUCUAACAGCACAAUGCGCUCUGUCUAUGGUGGGACUGUCUGCCGCUCGCCGGCGCCGCGCCCUCCCCUCUCAGCAAACAAGACCCUGGCAGUGCGGACACCGGGGGGCUGUAAACCCCCCCACCCAAGACUGCAGGGAUGCAACAAAGAGAAUGAGGCCCAGCUGAAGGGCAGCAGCCCUCUGAGGGGUGCGUUGCUGACUCCUGCUAGUCCACAGCGUAACUUCAGCAUAGCCUCUGUUGCCAGCACAUAUUCAGAGUUUGUGAGGGACUUGGUCAGCACUGAAUCUGUUCAAUCAAGCGAGACCUGUCCAAGGCCUCUGACGCCAAGAUCCAGCACGGCAUCCUGAACUCCACCACCACCAACCUUUGACCUCUCCGCUCUGAUUGGUUAAAGUUGAGGUCUCGUUCAACAAGUGUCACUACCUUUCACAGCGAUCUGCUUGUCCACGUAAAUGAAGGCAUUAAUAUAUUAUGUGUUAAAUGUUUGAGAGCAAAGGCCUGAGGAAGCUUUUUGAUGUUUGCCUGUCACUGAGAACAGUCAAACCAACACUACUUUGGCUGUAUAAUUUUACAGUUAUUCUAAUAGUAUUGUCCAUAUCUUAUACUGCACAUUGUUGUUUUUUAGAGAAACAGUUGAAUAAGAAGUUUAGCUUUAUAAAGUUAUGCAAUCUGGGGCUGCAGGCCAUAUAUGUAUGAUGACUGUAUUGCACUUUGUUUAGAAAAUAUAUUGCUGCGAUUAGUGUAAUUUCACACAGACUCACACUGUUCCCUCGGUCUUUUUUUUUUUUU